CUUCCUCAUUUUUUGUCCAAUCACUGCGGUCCACUCGGCCGGAAGUUUUGAACGAGUCGUACGCGGGAAAUUACUGAGCGCCUCAGCUGGACUACAGAGGAGUUUCAGGUUUAAAAUGAAGGUUGUAACGUGUGAGAUUGCGUGGCACAACAAAGAGCCAGUCUACAGUCUGGACUUCCAGCACAGCUGUGAUGGACGUUUUCACCGACUGGCCACAGCUGGAGUGGACACCACAGUCAGACUGUGGCGAGUGGACACAGGCCCAGACGGGAAAGCUGUGGUGGAGUUACUGUCUAAUCUGGCAAGACACACCAAGGCGGUCAACGUGGUGCGUUUUAGCCCUAAUGGAGAGCUGCUCGCCUCAGGAGGAGACGAUGCAGCAAUUUUAUUGUGGAAGCUCAACGACUCUAAGGAGCCUGAGCAGGCAGCCAUGUUCCAGGAGGAUGAAGAUGCUCAGCUCAACAAGGAGAGCUGGUCUGUGGUGAAGACACUAAGGGGACACAUAGAGGACGUGUAUGACAUCUGCUGGACACGGGAUGGAAACUUCAUGGUGUCGGGGUCGGUGGACAACACAGCUGUUAUGUGGGACGUCAACAAAGGACAGAAGCUUUGUAUUUUGAAUGACCAUAAGAGCUACGUGCAGGGGGUGACCUGGGAUCCUUUAGGCCAGUAUGUAGCCACUCUCAGCUGUGACAGAGUGAUGCGUGUGUACAACCACACCAAAAAGAAGGCUUUUUGUGUCAGUAAGAUGAGCUCCGGGCCACAAGCAGAGGGAGAGGUCAAACAACACAGAAUGUUCCACGACGACAGCAUGAGGUCUUUUUUCCGACGUCUCUCUUUCACUCCUGAUGGAUCUUUCCUGCUUGCACCAGCUGGAUGUGUGGAAAUUGGAGAAAACAUCAUUAACACCACCUAUAUCUUUUCCAGGAAGAGCCUAAAAAGGCCUAUUGCACAUCUGCCCUGCCCAUCAAAAGCGACGCUGGCGGUGCGCUGCUGCCCCGUCUACUUUGAACUGAGGACCAAGAAGGGAGAAGAUGGCUCUAUUCAGCCUCUUCCUAACGUAUUCCAGUUGCCGUACCGGAUGGUGUUUGCCGUGGCGUCUGAGGACUCCAUCUUCCUGUACGACACGCAGCAGACUCUUCCUUUCGGCCUGGUGUCCAACGUCCACUACCACACACUCAGCGAUCUCACAUGGUCUGGUGACGGCUCCUUCCUGGCUGUUUCCUCCACAGAUGGUUACUGCUCCUUCCUGUCCUUCUCUCCCGGGGAACUGGGCACUCCGCUGAAGGAGCCCCCCACCCUGGAGGUCUUUGCCCCCAGCAGUGCUGCCGAGAAAAAGGGCAAGAAGUCGUCGACAGCGAGGACGUCAUCUCCUGUGACCCCGCUGCCGAGCUCAGCCCUGACGCCCUCAUCCCAACCCGGCAAGGAUGUCACCCCCCCAGACGAGAAGAAGAGCACCCCCAGCGGCAAAGCUAAACCUCAGCCCCGCAGGAUCACUCUCAACACCCUGGAGGGCUGGGGGAAGCCCUCCACCCCUAAAGCCGCAGCUCCUUCAGCCCCUCAGACGCCAACGUCUGCAAGCAAAAGCACGCCCUCCACUCCCCAGCCUCGCAUCGCCCCUCUCACCCCAACCAGUUCUUCCACCCAGCCUCGCAUCGCCCCUCUCACCCCAACCAGUUCUUCCACCCAGCCUCGCAUUGCCCCUCUCACCCCAACCAGUUCUUCCACCCAGCCUCGCAUCGCCCCUCUCACUCCCUCCACCCCUAAAGUCCUCAACAGUGCUAAUGCUGCUGGGCCCAACACCCCUAAGGGACCAACAACCCCAAAGGGACCAACACCGAGGCGAGUGUCUUUGACUCCAGUCGCAGUUCGCUCUCCAGCUGUUAGUUCACUCUUCCGCACUCCCUCGUCCACUGAGAAGGCCAAACACGAACGCCCGUCUCCUCCCACUGAUCCAGUCUGCCAGCCCCCAGAGUCCAAACGGCCCAAGACCAGCGAGCCCCCCGCAAAGAGCAGCUCCACCAAGGCUUAGAGUUUACUGGGAUCAGUGUUUGAGUGUGUUGUCCGAUAGGAGUACAUGUACAGCAGAGGAAAAACAGUGAUGGAAGUUUCAGUGAAAAAACAAACAAACUGGGGCUCUCCAUGGAUGAACAACACCACAGUUCUAUAGCACUGUGUUUGUGUUGGAUUAUGUGUUCUUGAUCGAACUAGAAGAACACCACAUAAUGUACUUACUUAUAAAACAGACUGCAGUGAGUAACUGUGAGUUAUCUCUUCUUGUAGUCAUUGUGGUUUUUUGUAUCAUAUAGUAAAUGAGCUGAUGAUGUUACAUUAGAUUUGUUUGGCAUUAAAGUGCUGUUGAAAACAUGACAUUCAGUCUCACUUGUUUUCAGAUCAGUUUUGGGGUUUUGAUGCCUUUAUUCAGUGGAAAGUUUAGAAAACAGAGAGAUGACAUGCGGCUAAGUGAUGAGGGCUGGAAUCUAACCCAGUUCACCUGAUACUGGGUCUCAAAUGGGCCGUGUGAUGCAACAGCUGGGCUAUCGGGCACCUCAAUUCAGUCUCACUUCCUAUCAAAAACAUGUUGAAACUAAAAAUGCAUUUAUUUUUUUUUAAGAAGCAUUUUAGAGAGUACUAAUUUGAGAGUUUAUAAAAUACAAUCUGAGUCUUCACUGUUGAAGCAGUUUAAGUGAAAAGUGUCAAACUUCAGCAUAUUAAGAGUCACUUUUCUUAUUAUGUAAUAAAAGAUCUUUUGAGGA